AUGGCGCUUGACGCAGUUGUCUCGGUGAUUAUCCAAAAACUGAGAGAUGUAGUAGCAGAAGAACCAAUAACGUACAAUAAGGUGAUUGGGACUCAACUGAAGGAGAUGCAAGAUGAACUGGAGAAAAUGCAAGGCUUCUUCAUUGAUGCUGCAGAUAAGGAAACAAAUGUGGACGCCAUCAAGAAAUGGACAGAUGAUUAUCUUCAAAAUCUCUACGAGGUGGAGGAUGCCAUCGAAUCUUUUGCUCUUCGCAUCACUCGCCAGAGGAAGAGAAUGGGAUUUCUGAUGAACCAUGCUCUCUUUCUUAAGAAUUUCACUGCUUGCAAAAUGCUUAGCAGGAAAUUAAAGAAAAUUCAAAGAAAAAUUGUUUCCCUCGAGCAGAAGAAGCCCGAUGAUGUUGAAAAUGCAAGUCUCAGAUCCAAUCGUUCCCAUCAAAAUUAUGAAGAAAAUGAUGCACAAAUUGAUUCAAGCGGUGCUGUUAGCUUUAGUAGGUGGACUCUUGGUGAAAUUCAUGAAGAAGAGAAGACAAACACAUAUGAUUAUGCUCUAUCGGAUGAUAUCACACCGUCUGCAGAGCAUAGUAUGAGUACUUCCUCAUUUACCAAGUACAGGAAAUUGUCAAGCAAGGAUUCAAUUAUUCGAGAGCGUUGGGAACAGGGAAAACUCAUGUUCGGCAGUUUUUCUGAUGAGCAGGAACUAUACAAUGUUGGAUUUAAACAGGAUGUGCAUGAUCUAGUGAAAAGGUUAACCGGAGAGGACAAUGGGGAUAAUCGAAUCAUCUCCCUUGUUGGUGAAAUGGGCUCAGGCAAGACGACCUUGGCUCGUGCUGUUUAUGAAAAUAGAAUCACUAAGGAUCACUUCAAUCCUUUGCGUGCUUGGAUCACCAUCUCAAAAGAUUCUAGCACAGAAGAUGUCCUGCUCAACCUACUAAAACAAGUGGGAGAAUCCAAGGACCAAGAUGGUGUACACGGUGAGCAAACGCUCCGAACUAUAGUCUGUAAGAGGUUGAAAGAUAGGAAGUACUUGAUCGUGUUGGAUGGUGUUUGGAGUAGUGAGUCUAGUGAGGGAUGGGAAAAUCUCAAAAUUCCAUUUCCAGAUAAGAAAAAUGGAAGUAAGAUAAUUCUCACAACUCGUGACGAACAAAGGGCAAAAAAUGCUUUUCCGAAGAGCCCUCCAUACUACAUGAAGAAGUUGGACGAUCAAGACAGCUGGAAAUUGUUCUUGCAUAAAGUGGGCGAGGAACGUAAUGAAUGUUCGACUCUGAAGAAGAAAAUUAUUAAGAUAUGCAACGGUCUCCCCAUGAAUAUUAUCCUCCUUGGCAGCCUUUCGUCAAAAAACAAUCCUACGGAAUGGGUUCCAAUACUAGACAGCCAAGAGAACGGGCAUACCUUGGACAUCUUGUCAUUGUGCUACAACGAUCUGGAUGCCCACUCAAAACUCUGUCUGCUUUAUUUGACGCUCUUUCCUCAAGAGUAUAAUAUCCCAAUCAGGAGGCUGCUACGCUUGUGGCUUGCAGAGGGAUUCGUGAAGCUGCCUGAAGAAGACGAGGUACAAAAGUGUUUUGACAAUCUGGUUAUUCGCAGUUUGAUCCAGAUCUCUAAACUGAGGUCUGAUGGCAGCCCAAGAAAAUGUCGUUUGCUAGGUGUUCUCCGUGACUACUUAGUGGACAAGGCCCGAGAUAUCAGCCUUUUCCAUGUCCAUCGCAACUCAGCUUGCCAAGUUUCUGCUUCAUUCUUUGAGCGUAGGCUUGUUGAGUCUGCCGAUGCCAAAAAUUGCUCACUGAAUCCAUCUCAGUCACGGAAUCCAUCUCAAUUUCAACAUUGGCGCUCCUACAUAUCAUUUAACUUCCAGAAGAAAGAUAUACCAGCAAUUGGAGUACGUAAUCUUCUUAGAGAUAUGAUAUGCAAGGGCUUUGGAUUACUUAGGGUGCUUGAUCUAGAAGGGGUGUAUAAGCCAAGUUUGCCAGACAAUUUAGGUGAUUUGUUUCACUUGAGAUAUUUGGGGUUACGGUGGACAUUCUUGGACAAAAUCCCGAAAUCUGUAGGUGACUUGCCCUACCUUGAAACUUUAGAUCUGAAGCACACUUACAUAAAUAGAAUUCCCAGUUCAAUUUGGAAAUUAAAACAUCUGCGGCAUCUCAAUCUCAAUGAGAUUAGUCUCGACAAGGACAUGCCUUUGCAUCAAAGUGAUUCCUUGCCUCCACUUUUGACUCUCUGGGGAUUAUCUGUUGAUCCAGAGAGUCCAGUGAAAAAUUGUUUGAGCAAGUUAGAUCAACUUAGAGAACUGGGCAUUUCAUUCCGUUGGAACAAUCUUGAUGAUCACUUGAAUCAAGCAACGAACGGUUCGAGGAACUUUAGUAAACCUAUAGAAGAGUUACUCAAGUGGAUUUCACAACUGACAACUCUUCAAUCCUUGAGAUUGCGGUCUAAAGACGAUAGUGGACGCCCUUCUGAGCUCAGUUUAAAGCCAUUGUCAGCCUUGGUGAAACUUACCAACCUCAAUUUGCUCGGUAAAUUGCAGAAACUACCAGAGCUUGAUCAAUUUCCUCCAAAUAUCAAAGUUCUCACACUAUCAGUCUCACAGCUCCUCUAUGAUCCUAUGCCAAUCCUAGGAAAGCUUCCUGGCUUAACUGUUCUCAGGCUUUUGGCCAAUUCAUACAAGGGGGAUAAAAUUGUCUGCCCACAGGAAACAUUCACAGAGCUCCGAGUCCUAAGUCUCUGGAUGUUGAAGGACUUAAAGGAAUGGGAGUUGGAAGAAGGCGCAAUGGAGAAACUUAAGGAGCUCAAUAUCAGAUAUUGUUCAAAUCUGCAUAGCAUUCCCAGCAGGCUGUUGCAACAGAGGGAAUUGAACUUGAUCCUAACAAACAUGCCCCCAAAAUUCAAAGAAAAUGUUGAGAAGAAUUCUAGUAAAGUGUCUAUUACUGUCAAGGAUUACAAGUUUACUUCACUUCCGUGGGAACUAGAAGAUGUUUCUUCAAAUGAAGUGGCUUCCAAAGUCAAUGGCGAAACUUCACACAUCUGA